UCUACCUACUGGUGUCUGGCGCAAAUGGUUACACGAAGUUUGAACCCUCGUGAAGGAAAGGCUGGACAAAGUGCAAACAUACGAGUGCUGCUACGCUAUAUGCUUUCUUAGUUAAUUAUGGGGAAUAAUCUAGUAGUUCAAGCAGCCUCCACACCAAAUGAUAGCGGGGGUGUUGUAUCACCACCCUUAACAGCUAGUGCUCCUCCACCUGCUGCAACGUCUGGAGCAUCGCCAGCAAGUAAAAGUACUGAUUCGCAGAAGACCACAAAAAAAACUAAUCCUGGGGUCUUUGAGGAUUUACAUAAAAGAUGCAAAGACCUGUUUCCUGCUCCAUUUGAUGGUUUUCGAUUAUGUGUCAAUAAAGGAUUAAGCAAUCAUUUCCAAGUCAGUCACACGUUAAAUCUUUCCUCUGCUCCACAGGGAACAUCGUAUCACUUCGGAGCUACGUAUGUUGGUGGGAAUCAGACCAGUCCAACUGAGGCAUAUCCUGUGAUUCUUGGAGAUAUUGACAAUAGUGGUAGUCUUAGUGCUCAGAUUAUUCAUCAAUUUACAAACAGAAUCAAAGGAAAAUGUGUGGUACAGACACAACAGAAAGAAUUUGCUAUGGUGCAAGUUGACGCUGAUUAUCGUGGUGAUGAUUAUACUGCAACCUGUACUUUAGGAAAUAUCGAUGUUAUUAAUGAAUCUGGCAUAAUUGUCAAUCAUUACCUUCAUCAGCUGACAGAAAAUCUAGAUGUUGGUGCUGAACUAUUGUAUCAUUAUGGACAGGGCCAAGAGUCUGCAGUGUUGUCAUUAGCAAGUAGAUAUAGCACUGAAAAAUGGGUUGCAGCAGGUCAAAUUAAUCCUGCAGGAUGGCAUGCGUCGUACUACCAUAAAGGAAAUGAUAACAUUUCAGUUGGUGUUGAUUAUGAAUACAGUUCUCGUAUGCAAGAUUCCUGUGUGAGUUUAGGCUAUCAAGUCGACAUACCAAAAGCGAAUGUAACCUUUCGUGGCUUAGUAGAUACAAAUUGGACGGUUGCAGGUUUUUUUGAAAAAAGACUUCACCCAUUACCUUUCACGUUUUUGCUUAGUGGCAUGAUAAAUCAUCAGAAAAAUCAAAGUCGUUUCGGAUUUGGUUUGCAAAUAGGAUAAUUUGUACUUAGUAAAUAGGUGUUUCUAGACUAAAGAAUGUUCUCAAUGUCAUUUAAUUUCGAGAAGUCCCAAUUCUAUUUUACCAGAAUCUGUGUUAAAUGUAAUGCUUUAUUUUUCUUUUGUAUAAAAUAAGGCUGAGGUUUUCCUAUUUCUAGCUUUUUUGAACUUCUUUAACUUUCGAGGAUCUCUUCAAAAGGUAGCUCUCUUUUUCAAACACCUGACAUUCUAAUGUGGUCAGUAAACUGUGUUUUUAGUCUAAUUUUAAACAUAGCAUACACUGCAAAUGGUUUUGGGGAAUAUGGUUAUUUUCCCCAACAAGUUUUUUUUGUACCACAUUUUUAAAAACUAAAAUGUUAUUUUUAGAUCUAUUUUAAAUUGCCUUAGAUGGCAUAUAGCUGUGUUGAUGUGAGAUAUGUUGGUCAUUUUAAAUAUUUUUGUAACUUAGUUUGUCAAUGUGUCUCAUUAAAAGUUCAUAAAAAUACUUACUUUAUCAUA